GUGCAUUUCUUUCUAGUUCAGGGAGCAAUACAAAAUGCAGACCAUCCUAUCUUCUGUGAUAUUUGCCUUAGUUGCCGGAGCAGCUGUUGACUCCGCGCACAUCGCCGGAGGUAAAUCAGUGGCGAAACGAGAUCUUUGGCAAUCGCUGGCGGAAAUGAGCGGACACAUGGCGGGAGUUCAGAGCUACGGAGCGCCAACGGCGGGAGAUUGGAGUCGGGCAGGAUUCGAGAGUCGAAUGAUCGCUCCGGAUCACUACCACGGCUCGGGAUCGGGAGCUGCCGCUGAACAGCUGCGGGUGGCGUCCCACCCCGUCCACGAGUGGCACCAGGAAGAGGAACAGUCGUCCGGUCACGAGUGGCGUCCGUACCACGAGGAACCCCGGCGGCAUCAUGCCGUUGCGACCCACUCGAAGGAAGCCAGCCGGGAGGAACACACCCAGGAGGAGUGGAAGGACGACCUCGAAGAUGAGAAGCACGGCAAGGACACCAAGGAACAUCACCACCAUCAUCAUCACCACGUGAAGGUGAUCGAGGUGCCGAAGCCGUACCCGGUGCACGUGGACAAGCCGUACCCGAUUUAUGUUGAGAAGCCGGUCAUCGUGGAGAAGCACGUGCCGCUGAAGUUGUACAUCAAGAAGAAGGUUCACCACUGA